CCCAGACAAGCUACCGGGCCUCGCCUGAGCUCAAGGAACCUCGACACAAUGGUGUUCGCAUUUUGGAAGGUCUGUCUGAUCCUAAGCUGCUUUGCAGAUCAAGGUAGUAUGGUACAGGUGACCAUCCCAGACAGCGUCGUGAAUGUGACUGUUGGAUCUGAUGUCACGCUUGUCUGUACCUACACCAGCACUGUGGUCUCCCGGGACAAGCUUUCCAUCCAGUGGUCAUUCUUUCAUAAGAAGGACUUACCACCAACUUCCCACAGCCCGUGCCUCAAUACUGAGGGUAUGGAGGAAAAGGCAGUCAGUCAGUGUCUAAAUAUGGCGCAUGCAAGAGACGCUCGGGGAAGAUGUAGCUGGACCUCUCAGAUUUACUAUUCUGAAGGUGGACAAGCUACAGCCAUCGGGCAAUUUAAAGGUCGGAUUGUAGGGUCCAACGACCCAGAUAACGCAUCUAUCACUAUUUCACAUAUGCAACCAACAGAUAGUGGUGUCUACGUCUGUGAUGUUAACAACCCCCCUGACUUUGUUGGAAAAAAUCAAGGCAUCCUCAAAGUCAAUGUGUUAGUCAAACCUUCUAAGCCCCUUUGCAGCAUCCAAGGACUACCAGAAACUGGCCAUCCUAUAUCUCUUUCUUGCCUCUCGGUCCUUGGGACACCUUCCCCUGUGUACUACUGGUAUAAAGUUGAAGGAGAAGACAUCGUCCCAGUGAAAGAAAACUUCAACCCAGCCACCGGGAUUUUGGUUAUUGGAAAUCUGACCAAUUUUGAACAAGGUUAUUACCUGUGCACUGCUAUCAACAACCUUGGCAAUAGUUCCUGCGAAAUUGAUCUAACUUCUUCACAUCCAGAAGUUGGAAUCAUUUUGGGGGCAUUGGUGGGCACUGUAGUAGGUGCCACCAUUAUCAUCUCUGUUGUGUGCUUCGCAAAGAGCAAGGCAAAGGCGAAGGCAAAGGGGAAAGGAAGGAAGAAAAAUUCGAAAACCACCACAGAACUUGAACCAAUGGCAAAGAUAAAACAAAGUACAGAGUGCGAGGUCAUACCAGCUGAAGACGUUACCCACCUAGAAGCGCCUCUGCCACCUUCCAUCCAUGAGAAUGAACCUGAUACCAUCCUGGGACCAGAUUGUGAGCCUAACCCCGAGCCUGAGCCUGUCCAGGAGCCUGCUCCACAGCCUGCCUUGGGUCCUGAGCCUGUUCUGGUGCCUGAGGUUGAGAUAGAGCAGGAGCAGGAGCCGGAGCCUGAGCCUGAGCCUGAGCCCGGGAUUGGCAUCCAGCCCUUGAGUGGCAAGGAAAAGGGAGCGAAUAAGCCAUAGGCCGGUAGCCUAAGUAGUGUUUAUCACUAAGGAACCCAUAAUUGGGAUUUGGAAUUCAGCUGACAUAACCAAUCUCCCACCACCUCCCUCCAUUCUAACCAACCCUCUUCUAACAAGGUGCUCCCACCAUCAAUCCUAAAUAAACAGGUCAAGAUAACUACUAAAUAAGCACAAGGGUUCCUGCAUUACUUACCAUUUUACUAACAUGUAAGCAUAACUAAGGAUAAGGCAUGUGAUUUCUAAUUCAGUUGAAAGUGUUUUGUAGCAACAUCUACUUUGUAUUUCAGAAAACCGUAUUUCUCUAUUUUUAGCUACACUUUGUUACAUUCCACAUGCACACAUGACAAGGUGGCAUUAACUGGGGUCCAUAUUAUUUCUAUGAUCAGCCAUCCAGGCUUCCCUAUUCAUUUUCACAUUUCACAUUGGCCCCAAAGACAAGAGUUUACCAGCAUUCUGUCAUAGAUUAGAAAAAACAAUCCUCAAAAA